UGGUAUACAGUGAAUCAGCAGAAUGAGACUAUGGCAGUUUGAAAUUCGAAGUUUUAAAUAAAAAAUGUAAAGAAACGAUAAAGUGAGAAAGAAAUUCGUUUGUUAACUUACAAACCUGCAUGUAGUGAUUUCAGUUUAUCGUAUUUCUAAAGAUGGAAUCUGAGAACACGAAAUGUACCGAGGCUACCCUGCUUUUGACGCCUUUGCCAGCGGCCAGGUUCAACGAUAUGAAAGAAGUCAGAAGAGCAGACUCUCCAUUACCUGCUGUGCCAUUACCGCCAAAAGUGCUAACACGCAGCAAAGACGCAAAUGCAAAACGUCUUUCUCACAACAAUAACAACCAGCAUGCGAAACUUAGUGCUUCUUGUGACGAUCUCAGGCAGCACCCGCCUGCAAAACCAAGCCGCAAAAAGUUGGGAAAUUUGAAAAUGAAAAAGACUGCUUCUAUGGACUUUGAUACAAUCUCAUGGGCCACGUCGACAGUUGAACCUCUUUUGACAGAUGUUCACGGACCAAUAGACCACAACAGUGUGCAUUACGCUGCCACUAAAUUCCCGAGCAAUCUGGCAAUUCAUGAUUACGAAGAAUUAAUGGAAAACAUACACGUUGACAACAAAUCAGACUGCGCAGGAAAUACGACGAUCAGCAACGCAUACCCGUGCCCUCAGAUCAACUCGAUUUCCCAGCAGUCUCCUAAAUCAGUCGUAUCAUCUCAGCAAGAUCCGCGCACUAACACCAGGGAAAGGCAGAACCCGAUGUAUACCGGUAUACGAGCAGCCAGUCCAAUCCAGAACACGUUGGACAGUUCUUCCUUCUCCAAAAUUCGGUCGACACGACCAGUAGUUGGUCAAAAAUGUGCUUGCGCAUUAAUUGCGGGCAUGAUCACUGCGGUCUUAAUUAGUUUGCUGUCAUUGAUCUUAGUGUUUCUAUUUUUCAUCGGUCUUCUGAGGCCUCUGAACUUUCCAAACGCGAUUGAUCAAGAAAGAUUUAUUGAUCUCGAAAAUGAAGUCAAACUUUUAAAACAAACCAUGCAAGCAGAAGACGUCUUACUAAACAACAGUCUCUUAAAACAAAAUGCAACGAUUAUCGAUCUGAGGGCGGACUUAGCGAAAACGACUAGAAGCCAAUUGGAAAUAGACAAUCAGGAAAUCCGACGUCAGCUGACCGAGGUUAUGACUUCGUUGAACACGAGCGAAGUGGAAAAUAUAUUCGGUAGCCUUUCAGGCCAAGCGAUGGCCAGAUGCAGACACGAAAGCUUUUCGAUCGGCAGCUCAUCGGUGCAAGAUGUAACGGACAGUGGGGAAUACUACGCAGAUGAGAAUUUUAUCAUUACCGGGGCGACUUGUUCAAGCUCUUCAGGAUUUGUCGGUUCCAUGGAGACGAGAAGGACGACAGAGGGCGGCGAAGAAAGGACCUACUUCAAGUGCAAGUGUGUGCGCAUAAAUGGCUCUGCUGCGCCACCGUCCGGACGAGUGGAAUGCAGAAUAGAUUACUGGCAGUGUCCGUUGUCGCUGGUCUGACCUCUUUGUGCAAUGACUUUCCAGUAAACGUGUUUUUGAACGCCUUUUAAAUCCUUGUAUUUGCGGUAGUAUUAAACGCGAAUGAACUUA